UGAAGUGUGAGGCUCCACUCUGCGCCUCCGAGUAAAUCCCGUCCCCCCGUCCCCCCCCCCGCCCGCCCCGUCCCCCCCGCCGUGGCCGGUUCAGUGCGCUUAUGUGAAGCCAACCGCGAGGCUGUCUCAGCAGCGGCUGUCUCCUCGCACCCGACUCCCAGACGGACCCGGCGGACAAAUGAUGCGAUGAAACCGCUAUUUGUCGGACGCGGAGGUAAACGAGGCGACUAGAGACGCUCUCCUGCUGCAAAAACGGGAUCGGAGCCGCUGGAGCUGCGCCGACAGGAUCCACUUAUCCACAGGUGAAUGCAGUUUUGUCUGCUGGCCGAACUUGAUCUUUCCCCCUUACUCUGUUUCGUGAAAACGGGACUUUCUUCCCGAAAUCUGGACCAAGUGAGAGGGAGGUUGACAGACAUGGCUGUUUUCCUGCUUUCCCUACUCUUGCGAGUUGGCUUUGUCGUUGGAUCGAAUUAUGGAUAUGUUGACUGGGCGGAGAGCGAGAGGGACGCCGAAAUCAGAGCGAAGCAGCCUAUUUAUAACGCCCCCGUGGACGAGCACGAGCCGCGGUACCACGCGCCGCCGCCGCCGCUGCUGAAGCCCGCGGCGGAGCGUAGCGCCUUGGCGCAGAAGAUCGAGGAGGAUCUGCCGCGGGUGGUGACCGCUUUCCUCCACACCGGGGACUCGUCCACGCUGAGGCACGCCAACUGCUCGCGGAGGUACGAGCUGAGCAGCCUGCGCGCGUCCUCGUCGGCGACCCCGCACUCGUCCCUGCGCGGCGUGCUCGACACCGUGGCGCACGCCGCCACCUUCCUCGGCGUGAUCCUGCAAGCCAACAGGUCGAGGCAGCACAGCCUCCGCCGCGACGUGGAGUGGUACCACGCGCUGCUCACGAGCGUCGUGGAGGGCGAUCCCAAGAUCCAGCGCGCCGUGGUCACGGUCGGCAGCGAGGCGCCCGCCUCGGGUCCCAGCAUCCACCUGCAAGCCAGGAGAACCGCGCGAGGCGUCGCGCUGGAGGACCUUUCCGACGCGGCUCGGCAUCACCUGAAGAACAGGACGGCGGAGACCAAGUGGUUCAGUGAGAUCAGGGAGAGGAAGAAGCCCCGCUUGCACAGGAGGGUGAUCAGCCCGGAAAAGGGGUCAGGGGACAGUUACCUUCUCGAUAAAACCGAGAUCAAGUGGUCAGCGCCGUACCUGGAGUGCGAGGACGGGCGCUUCAUCCCGCAGUGGCUCCUCACGUUGUCAGCUGCCUUCUACGGUCUGAAGGCUAACCAGGCCUCGGACUUCAGGGGUGUGGUUCGGGUGGAUGUCUCCCUUCAGGAUGUGGACAUCAACCAGUGUGCCAGCAGUGGGUGGUUUGCCGGAACUCACAGGUGUAAUUUAACCAGUAUGGAGUGCCUUCCUGUUCCUGGUCAUGGGUUUGUGCUGGACAAAUAUAACUGCCCCUGCAGGAAAGGCUUCUACCACCGGAAUCGACUGCCCUUCAACAGCUUCAAAAGAAAGGCAGAGGGGGACGAUCGAGGUGGGCAAGACCCCUGGUUGGGCACCGGAGACUGUCUGCCCUGUCGAGAAGGCUGCCUGUACUGCAAGGAUGACACCCCGUGCCACGCCCACCGGGACGGCCCCCUACGUGUCACCGUUAUCGCCUUCCAAGGCUUGUCUGUGUUUGCUGACUUUGCCAGCAUGGUGGUUGUCUACCACUUUCGCAAAAAGAAGAGUAUCAGAGCAUCCGGCCUUGUGCUUCUGGAAUCCAUCCUCUUUGGAGCCCUGCUCCUCUACUUCCCUGUUGUGAUUUUAUACUUUCAGCCGAGCACAUUUCGCUGUAUACUCCUCAGAUGGGUUCGACUUCUGGGCUUUGCCAUCGUUUAUGGGACAGUGACCCUCAAGUUGUACAGGGUUCUCAAGGUAUUCCUCUCACGUACGGCACAGAGAAUCCCCUACAUGACCAGCUGGCGGGUGCUGCAUCUACUUGGCAUCAUUCUCCUUGUUGUCUCAUGGUUCCUGGUGGCCUGGACUCUGGCUGUCUGCCAGAACCUCGACCGGAAUAUGCUGCUCAUUGAUGUGGGCUUCACUCCCGAUGGUCUGCAGUUCAGCAUGUGCAUGUUGGACCGCUGGGAUUACAUGAUGGCCAUUGCUGAAUCGCUAUUCCUCCUGUGGGCCGUAUACCUCUGCUUUGCCGUGCGCACGGUGCCCUCAGCAUUCCAUGAGCCACGCUACAUGGCCGUCGCUGUCCACAACGAGCUCAUCCUUUCCGCAAUAUUCCACAUUAUCAGGUUCACUAUGGCCCCUGGACUUCACCCUGACUGGAUGCUAAUGCUGUUUUUUGCACACACACACCUGACAGUGACUGUUACUCUUGGGCUGCUGCUCAUUCCCAAGUUCUUGUUUGCGGGGACACACACAAGAGACGAUAUCGCCACGGAGGCCUAUGAGGAUGAGUUGGACAUGGGUCGGUCAGGGUCCUACCUGAACAGUAGCAUCACAUCAGCCUGGAGUGAACACAGCCUGGACCCUGAGGACAUCCGGACGCCAGACGAAAUGGGCCAACUCAGUUCUAUUAAUGGCUGUGGCAUAAGGUCUUGCGACAGUCUGUGGGAAAAACGUACCAAUGAAGAACUGAAGAAGCUCUAUGCCCAACUUGAGGUCUACAAGAGGAAGAAAAUGCUGGCCAAUAACCCCCACUUGCAGAAGAAGCGAAGCUCUAAGAAAGGGUUAGGCCGCUCUCUCAUGAGGCGUAUCACAGAAAUCCCAGAGUCAGUGAGCCGCCAGUGCAGCAGGGAGGACAAAGACUCAGGGGAUCAUGGAAGUAACAGAAACAGCAUCUGCACCCUCAGGCGAAAUCCUUUUGACCCAACCCAUUCGAGUAAGUCCAAAGAGGACUCCUCUCUCAAGAACAAGGUAUUCUCCCUCAAGAAGUCCCACAGCAGCUACGACCAUGUGCGGGACCAGAGCGAGGGCUCCAACUGUUCCGCCACCAACAAGAUAGAGGUUUGUGCCAAUGAGAACUCCCUGCUGGACUCACUUAUGGGCAAGAAGCUGGUGAAGAAAAAAUCUGCAGAGAAGAUCGAAGCGGAAUCUGCCGAGUCGGUCCCUUUGGUAUGCAAGUCUGCCAGUGCUCACAACCUAACUGCCGAUAAGAAGCCCCUCCACCCCCGAACUUCAAUGCUACAAAAAUCCUUGAGUGUUAUUGCCAGUGCUAAAGAGAAAACUUUAGGUCUGGCAGGGAAACCCCAGAAUGUGGAAAGCUAUGAAAACAGCAAAGAUGCUAAGACAAACCCAGAGAAGGAAGAGAAGCAACAGUCUUUAAGUCAAUCUGCGGAUAACAAACAGACCACCAGCAAAACUGGGAUUAUGAAGACCCAAAUUAAUGGUUGCCAGUCAUCAAUGUGCGCCAAUUCUGGAAAGAACAAAGAUGUAUAUGACUUAUCUGAAGUGUGCCCUUGGGAAAUAGAUGACCUACCCAUGCCAUCUGAGAGCAAAGUUCAGAAGCAUGUCUCUAUUGCUCCUGGGCAAACCAUUUCACUCCAUGGAAAUGGGGCCAAAGGUAAACCACAGCAUAAACAGAAAGCCUCAGAGCAGUUUUCAUCAAACAUCAGAUAUUCCAGCCAGAAGGAUGGGAAAAAAGAUUCCCAGGAGCAGGAAGAUGAUGCUGAGAAUCCAGGAGAUGGGACCAAAUGUCCAGUCUCCAGCUUUUCCACACAGUUACCACCUGCUGGAGAGUAUACCAAAAAACAGAAAGCUGAGGUUUGCCCUUGGGAUGCUGAAGAGCUGCCAGACAAACAAGCUGAUACAGGCCCAUCUCCUGACAAAGACAGGGGCAAAAGCAGUGCUAAAGUGGAGGAAAAAGCAGAAGGCCUCAAUCCUGAUCACACAAAUCCCAAGUCCACUGCACGGGCAGACAUCUGCCCCUGGGACUACGACUCGCCAGCAUCCCCAAGCUCUGAAAAGACUUCCAACCAAACACAGUUUUCAAAAUUCAAGGACUCCAUCUCAAGAAAGAAAAGCGGGUCCUCCUCGAAGACUCUUGAGACAGAGAAGGAAAAGUCAAAGGAGAAAGAUAAUGAGAAGGGAAGGUCAAAGAACAGGGAAGGCACAGAAAAGCAAGUUGGUCACUCCAAAGUUGCACAGUUGUGUCCAUUGGACAUGGAGAGCAGCACAGAGGUAUCGCCGGCAGUCAAACAGAAAGGCACUACAAGCAAAUUGGGUUUGAGCCAAAGCAAACAGGCUGACAUUUGCCCAUGGGAUUUUCAGGAUGUGCUAGAUAACAAAGAACAGAACAAAAAUCCUACCACUGCAAAACAAAGCUCUCCAAAUUCCAAAGGAGGGCUUGCCGAGAAUACCAAAAUGGCAGAGGUCUGUCCGUGGGACUUUGAUAUACAAACAUCAGGGAAAAAUGCAUGACAUUUGGUAUGACUG